AUGGCAUCACACGCAGAAUUCGACCAAGCGACCGAAGCACUAGACGCCGCUAAAGCCUUUCCUGACCAGAUCAAGGGCAAGACAAUCAUAGUGACGGGCGUAAGCAAACUAGGCAUAGGCUUCACCACAGCACAAGCCUUCGCCUCGCAGGCACCAGCCCAUCUCAUCAUCGCAAGUCGCACUCCCGCCAAUAUCCAGGAGUGCAUCGAUGCAAUCAAGGCAGACUACCCCCAAGUCGACUACAGACCGUUGAAGUUGGACUUGGGUAGCCAAGAUGCUGUCCGCGACGCUGCUAAGGAAGUAAUGAGCUGGGACGACGUUCCUGAAAUAAAUCUCGUUGUUAAUAGCGCGGGAAUCAUGAACCUGCCGAAGCGCAAAUUCUCCCCUGAAGGCAUCGAGCUGACCUUUGCGACGAAUCACAUUGGCCACUUCCUAUUCACUAAUCUGCUCAUGCCCAAACUCCUCAAGUCUGCCAAGUCAAGUCCAAAGGGCGCCACUCGGAUUGUCAAUGUCACUUCGCUCUCCCCGACAGUAGCUGGCAUUCGAUGGAGUGACAUCAACUUCGACAAGAUCAGCACCGACCUGCCAGAAGACGAACAGCCCAACUAUCAGAUGAUGAACAUGUGGGGCCAAGGGCCGGCUGAGGGAAAGUCGUACCUGCCAAUCGAAGCAUACAACCAAAGUAAGGUUGGCAACGUGCUCUUCAGUGUCGGGCUCAACAAACGCCUGGCCGACAAAGGCAUCCUCAGCUUCGCAUGUCACCCAGGAAUCAUCAACACUGAUUUGGUGCGCUAUGCAUCACCAGAAGUGAGAGUCGCGAUCAAGGAGCGGGUCAAGGGCGUGUAUAUGAAAUCGCUGGGUGCUGGAAGCUCCACGAGUAUCGUUUGUGCUACGGAUCCGGGACUCGGUGUGCCAGCCGAGGAGGCUGAUGCUAAUGGCAAGGAGAACCAUGGCGUGUACUUCAUUGAUUGUCAGGUCAGUGACCGAGCAGAUCCCAGGGCCGUCUCGAGCAAGAACGCAGAGAGGCUGUGGGCAUUGAGUGAGGACUUGGUAAAGGAAAAAUUCACCUACUAA